GCUGGCCACCAGCGUGGCGGCAGCUUCUCGACGCGGUACAUCAACAUGGUCCUGAGCAUCGAGAGGAUUCCCAGGUCGCACAACAUCCUCUCCAACGUGUUCUCGUGGAUGAUCCUCGUGGCGUUCGUGGUGGCCCCGGCCAACUUCUGCAGCCCAUCCCCCUGGGGCAAAACGAGCGGCGAAGUGCCGCCCAUCGACUUCUACACCGACGUCCCCUCCAUGGGCCUCCUGGGCGCGUGCUUUGCGAUUUUCGGAGUCGGGGCCCUCGGCAUGCUCUACCUGGCCCUCUGCUGGCGCCGCAACUACAUCUGGCUCAUGAACCGCAUCUACCUGCCCCUCAUCCUGCACUCCCUGGCCGGCUUCAUCGCAUGCCUUGUUAUACUCAAGGUGCAACACAACAUGUGGUGGAGCAUCUCGUCGUAUGUCACCAUCGCCGUCGAGGCCGGCACGCUGCUGUUCUCCACGAGCAUGUUCUGCAUCAGCAACUACCUGCUGUUGGGGAAGCUGAAGAGGGAGCAUCACCGAGAGACGUCGAAGAAAAAUGUGGUGGACCUGGUCAAGGCGGGCAAGCAGCCUCCUUUUGCGCCGGGGAGCGUGGUUUGA